CCAGCGCGGGUAUCGGCGCGGUGUGCGGGGUGUACCCCGGGGCGGGGCGGAGCGGAGCGGAGCGGCCCCCCCUUCGGGCCGGGCCCGGCCCGCGCCUGCGAGGGGCGAUCCGCAGUUGGAGAACGCUGGAAGGACAUUUGUCCCGCGGGCAGGGCUGGCAGCUAAAAGCACAUCCUUGCGAUGUGCGGGCAGUGGUGUCCCGUCCUGCGCACGGGGAUCCCGAGGGGCGUGCAGGAGUUGCCCAGUCCUAGACACUGCACAGCCUCAGGUCAGCAGGCACGGGUGGCCGAGGCAGGAGAGCCCGUUCUGACUUCACCACAUGUACUUUCCUUGUUUAACUUCCCUUGGGGUCAGCUGGUCAGCAACAUGUCUUCUACCGAAAACACCUCAAGACUUUUCCUGGUCCUUGUUACAUUGCUGCUGGUGCUGCCAGGAGUUGAAGCCAUGGACGCAGGAGAUACAAUCGCCUUCCUACUGGGCCUCGCUGUCAGUAUCAUUGGAUUCUGUGCCUGCCUUGGCUUGUAUGCAAGGAAAAGGAACGGACUGCAAUGAUUUUCAAGAAGAUGAUCAGAUGAAGUGAUUUUCCAAACAUGGCUUGGGGUUGAGGUUUCCUGUGUUCUGAAUAACUUUCAAAAAUCAUGUAGUAGAUAAUGCUGCUGUGCAAUAGAGCAGAAGCAAGACUGUAUGCAGUAAAAGGGAUUUGUAGGGUCUGUCCUCAUGAUGUUGAAAUGAUUUUAUAUCGCUGUGAUUAAUUGUUGCCUUAGAGAAAGGAAAAACCUUUUUGAAUGGGGAAAGAACCCCAUAGAGUGGUUCAGAGUAUAUUUUAAUAAAUGGAACAUGUUAGGCAGACCACCACCAAGUUCUACAAUUUUGGUUUCAAGGGUUAAUCAGGAAGAAGCAGCUAUUAAUCUUCCAGUCAGGAUGACAGAGCUUUGGAAGUACUCCUAACUAGAUAGCUAGCGAGCAGACUGCUUUGACUUGUGUGCAUGUGCUCACAUUCUUUAUAAUGACAGUUAACACCUAACAGCUCACUUCUGCUGUCACAGGGAUGAGAACUAAGAAAACAUGGCAAUUCUUUUUUUCUUUUGUAUCUUUAUGUUAGAUUGUGCUACCUCUGUAGCCUGUGUUCUUGUUACCAAGUAGAUGCACUUAAGAAUGGGACCGCUGUUUUUCUUUUAACAUGUAUUUCACAAAAACUAUUUGUAAGGCUACGUAAAUAAGAUUAGGGAUAUGGGUUUUGUCUCCUCUUUUUAAUUUUUGUUUUUAUUCAGCUUUCCUUUAGGUACACCAGGUUCAAUGCUUAUUUAAUAUGGUGUUUGUAUUUUUUCCCCAAAACUGAAGAUUUGCCUAUUUUAAUUAGGAAUUAUGUGUAGUAUUUCUGCAUUAGGGAGUUAUUAGAAUUGUAACAGGAUGGUUGUACCUGUUUCUUUUGCAAUAUGGAAAGAACAUGUUUUGUUAAAAUCCUUGGUUUUAGUCAGCAGGUCCAUUGUUCUCAAGUGUCUUACUCAUGACAAACUUGUGUUGCUAUCUAAAUAUUUAGGCUUCUUACCUGAUGGAUGUGAAUUCCAUGGAAGAUGGGGACCAAAACCAAAGUAAAAACUCCUGAUCCAAAAUGUGAGAUGUAAAUAGUCUUAUUCUAUUCAUGCUCAGUCAGAUUGUAUGGUAUAUGGUUGAAAGACUCAGUAGCAUAUCCAGGACCUGUUUCUUUGAGUACCAAAGGUGAAAUGGCACAGCCAGGAAUGUCUGCCACAAGUCCUCUGGCUUGUUCAGGUGUUGUAAGCUGUCCACUUGAGACAAGGAGCACAGUCCAUAACAGCAGCAGAAUUAGGAGCAUAGAAGGUGAGUUCUCCACAGUUCACAGAAUUCCCCUCUGAUCUUAUGCUGUGGACACUGCUGCUCUUGCUAGAAAUCUCAGCUUUUAUCUUUCAGAGCUAGAGAAAAAGGUUAAAUGUGAUGCAGAGUUAUAUAUUUUGAUACUAUUCCCUCUGUUCUUCUGUGAGUGUCUCUGUUCAGUAGAGCACAAAGUAAUGGCUGGAAGAGUUGUCAGACAGGUCUUAUAUAAGUAAUUGGGUGGGCAGAUCAUGUUUUCCAAAUUCCAAAAUUUCUGUAUUCUGUAUGCCAUUUGUAGCUGGUUUGACUUCUUUCUCCAGCCUCUGAGGAGACAGAAGCCCUGGUAAUUUCAGUCUUGCAAUUUAUGUCCUUCUCUCAUGGUUGAUAGUGGGAGGAAGGUAAAAUGAAAGCUUCCAAAAUUGCCUGGGGUUGAAACUAUAGGACUCAACCCAGAAAGCCACAAGAAUGUAGAUACCUGCUCUCAAGUUAUGGGAAUAAUAAUGGUCACAAAGUGAUCAGAUGCAAGUCUUGCAAGGAAGCUGUUCUCGAACCCUUUUUGUAAGCUUCCAAAAAUCAGAACGGGACAAUUAUGAUGUAUAAAUGAAAUUUACAUCCCAAGGAGGAGCUUCAGUAGUAGCGUCACCUUUGAAGGCUGCCCAGCGGCAGUAGAUGAGCCUGUAUGUGAUUGUUCAGCUGGGUGGAUGCGAGCAUAUACAUCAAGUGUGAUCCUACAUGUUCCAGCUUGGUGAAACCAUUACCCUUAAAAAAAAAAACAACAAAAAACAAAACCACCCAACUGAGUUAACUUUGUAUUUCCCAAAAUUCAAGUAGUUUGUCAGUUUUUCAGUAGAAUAUUAAACAUUGCUCUUUCCAUAGAAUAAAUUUUACCACAAGCAACUUUUCACAAACUCCUGUAUCUUCACUUUGGAAAAGAUCCCAGGCAAUAGUAUCACAGAAUUGUGCAACAAUUUUACUGCAAAUGAAUAAAAUUUUAGCAGUGAUUAGCAUCAGGCAAUAGGGAUAUGAGGAACUGUGUUCUUUGCUGGGAGCCGUAUGUACUUUGUUGACAGGUGUUUGCGCAGCCUAAUGCUGUUGGUUCCUGCUGUUAUUGUUAAAGACUUGCAUUUCUCAGUGACUUAAGUGUAAAAUUGGGUACCCCUAUUUUUCUUCUGUCUUAAUAAACUUUCACAUAAGACUUGUAAA